GUUGUUUUUCUUGUUUAAGACAUAAAUAACGUUUUGAGACGUCAUUGACGACAAGUGAGCGAAAUGACAGAGCGUUUGGACGAAUGGAUCUGUUGGGCGAAGAACUGCCAGUAUUUACCCGAAAAUGACUUCAAAGUUUUGUGUGACAUUGUUUGCCAAAUAUUAGUGGAAGAAAGCAAUGUUCAGCCCGUGUCGACUCCGGUCACAGUUUGCGGUGACAUUCACGGCCAGUUCUACGACUUGGAGCAAUUGUUCCGAACGGGAGGACCCCUUCCCGACACUAAUUAUGUUUUUUUGGGAGAUUUUGUUGAUCGCGGAUAUUAUUCUCUCGAGACGUUAACCCGAUUGUUGACUUUGAAGGCCAAAUAUCCGCAUAAAAUAACUCUUUUGAGAGGAAAUCACGAGAGCAGACAAAUCACACAAAUCUACGGAUUUUACGACGAAUGUCUCACUAAAUACGGAAACGCAAACGCGUGGAAAUAUUGUCAGAAAGUCUUCGAUCUCCUCAACAUCGCAGCCGUCAUUGACGGUCGCAUUCUGUGUGUUCACGGCGGACUUUCGCCUGAAAUCAAUGCUUUGGAUCAAAUCCGAACUCUGGAACGCAAUCAGGAGAUCCCAUAUAAAGGAGCCUUUUGUGACCUUGUUUGGUCUGAUCCCGAGGAGGUUGACACGUGGGCAAUGAGUCCUCGUGGUGCGGGAUGGUUGUUUGGAGCGCGCGUUACUCAUGAGUUUAUGGCAUUAAAUGGUUUGGAUUUGUUGUGUCGCGCGCAUCAAUUGGUCCAAGAAGGAUUCAAAUACAUGUUUGACGACAAACUCGUGACCGUUUGGUCGGCUCCUAAUUACUGCUAUCGAUGCGCUAAUGUGGCCGCUGUCCUCUCCUUCACCGAUGCGCAUACUCGUGAGGCCAAGAUCUUUAGCGCAGUUCCCGAUUCUGAGCGCGUAAUUCCUCCGCGAAAUGUUUGUCCGUAUUUCCUAUAAAUAAAGUCUUAUUUUGCAAAAACGUGUCGAAAACCUUUGGUUUCUAAACAAAAC